GAUUGUUACCUGUUAUGCAGUUAUUGCACAGUUAUUGCAAUAAGAUUAAUAAAAACGUACAUUCAUCGCUACAAUACGGUAUCAUACACAUCAAGUCUAUUAUGCAGAGUUAUUUGAAUAAAAAGUUAUGAGUGUAUCUAGUGAUCUUAACAUGUCAAGCUAUCAACUAUAAAUAAUUUCGUCAACAUGACAAAACGAACGAACCCUUUUAUCGAUGAUUUUCUUCCGCAAAGUAAAAUUCAUGUUAGUUUAAAAAAGUACGAUAAACACAGCACAGACAAUGAAAAACGACUGAAGAAAGUUUAUGAAAAAACCCUACAAAUGUUAUUUAAUGGCGCCAAAAAGGGUACAACUACUGAAACCAACAACAACUUGCAGGAUAGUAAAGUGAGAAAAGACAAAAAAAAACAAUUAUUUAUCGGCAAAGAUGGCAAUCUACUACAUUCUGGUUGUCUGAUAGAGACCCAAUCAAUAAGAAAAAACUGUCAUUGCGGUGUUACAUCAGAGACCAAGUGUGCAUAUUGUGAAUUUGUACUAUGUGAUUCAUGUCUCCACACCUGCGCUGGUUGUGAGCAGGUUUACUGUAACAAAUGCUUGUUUGUAGGGUCAGAAGGUUCUGAAAUCUGUGUAUCCUGUUAUAGUUAAAAUAUCUUCAUAGAACUAUAGGAGAGACUUACCUUUAUAAUAUAUUAAUGAACAGACAUGUUGUUAUUGUAAUUAAAUAAUUUAAUAAUAAAAAAAU